AAUUGUGCGACUUGCUCCACGGCAUUCCCUAGCUAGUAGUAUAUUAUUUGGGAGCAACGAGUUGACUAUUCGGGAGAACACGUUAUACCUGAGCUCUUCUCCCCAUCGCGGCUUUCGCCUCCGCCUCACAGCUGAUCUAGAAUUUACCGCAGCGAAUAUUUCCGCUGCCUCCCAGUUACAACCGGAGUACUUCGCAGCACCAGAGACUGUUACGCUUUCAGCAAGCGCACCAAGUGUUGUCGCUAGUCGCGAAGUCGUGAACUCCCUAGGUCGCAUGGGCAUGGCGGACGCAGGGUCUCUGAGGGAGCAGGCGAAGGAGCUGAUCGACCGUCGCGACAAGCUCGAGGCUCAGAUCGACGCGAUCGCUGCGAGAUUGAACGCGCCUGGCGGUGGCGGAAUCAGGGAGAGCCUGGUGGAUAAAGAGGGCUUUCCACGGGCCGACAUUGACAUUCCUAAAGUCCGCACCGACAGGCACCGCCUCGCAACGCUCCACGCGGACCACAAACAGCUGACGGGGCAGAUUGAGUCGCUGCUGCUGCAGAUCCACGCGCAGGCCAAACCUAAGGAACAGACAAGGGCAAGCACCGAGGCGGUAACCGCACGGACUAGCCAUGAGCCAUCGGCCUCCACUCCUCCAACAACAAAUGCCACUGAAUCUGCUGCAACCAGCCUCACUUCAGCUGCUGCUGCUGCUGUUCCUGUUCCCGACACUGCUGUUGCUGCCAAUAACUUCUCCAUAUCCCCGUGCACAGCAGCAACUACCCCUUCAUCCACGCCCUUUGCAGUGGUGACGAGGUGACCCCUGGCAGCCCAGCAGAGGCGGAUGGCGUGAAGCUGGGAGAUAGGCUGGUCAGCUUUGGCUCUGUUGCUGCUGCUCAAAUGGUGGAGGGUCGUGAGGGGGAAGUGGGAAGCAGGGUGCCUUCAGGGGCGGACCUGCUGAAGCACGUGGCUGCAGAGCUGCGGGGGAGUGAAGGGAGGGGGGUGAAAAUGACGGUGGUGAGAGCAGGGAACGUUGUCGAGUUGGUGGUGACCCCGCGGCGAUGGCACGGAAGAGGACUGCUCGGGUGCCACCUCUCCCCAUUGUCUCGUGGAAGUUAAAAUAUGCUCGAUUCAACAAGACCUAAAUUUGGAGCAUUAUAAGUACAAUAUUGCACAUUUAUGGUUUAGACCACCCUCAAAUCUGCCUCGAUACGUUCAAUAUGCCAUGUUUCUGUUCCAUUGGAACAAUUCUAUAACGCGGAAUUUC